CACUGAUCAAGAUCAUCGAUUAUCUAAUCACAUGUAUUCAUGUGACCUCACGUGCCCAAUCUGGGGAAACAUCGCGAUAUCCCCGAUGAUGAUGGGGGACAGAAGAGAACACGGCCAGAGCCUAUUGCAGGGCUUAUCUUCAUGGACUGCGACCAUUUAACGAAGCGCACUCCAUAAACCCUAUAAAACGAACGAACUAAACGUCAAACCCCUCCCGGAAAUUGAAUACUAUGGGAUAUUAAAGCCAUCCAAAACAAACAUACAGCUACACAGCCCACUUCUCAAGUUUAAACACCUUUUCGGGUCAUCAUCACAUCAUGCCCUCCGCAAGCAAAGGAAAAGGCAAAGGCCGUGAAGCGCGCCCCUCUCGAAGCCGAAACACCACACCCAACUCGAGUUUCAGUGCCCCGACCGCCCCUGUAUCCAGCUACCUCGACAAUGAUGUAUCGAAACUGCUCGUGCCAGUCACCGCGCAAUAUGGAGAGAUCCUGGAUCGGAUGGGCGGCGUUGGACCUAUUCCCGACUCGAAGUCCCUAGAGACAUUGAUGGAGCAUCUGAAGACACUCAGUCAGCUGGCAGAAGCUCGUAGUGAUGCAUGCGAUGCUGGCAUCAGAGAGCUGUCUCAAAAGCGAAAGGAGGUGGUAGAGGAGCCCGAGCACGAUGGUGACCGUCCGAAAAUGAAGCGCGAAGCUGAUGACGAAGAGGAGGAAUCGAAAGCGCCCAAAGGAGGGAAAUUAAAGAAGCGCAAAGAACGGGGCAGCAGUUCAAAGGAAGAUCGCCCGUUAGCUCAUGGCGCCCAUGAACUUUCUCGACAAGAUGGUGCGGAAACCAAAGUGGAGGGUGCUGCAUCGCCUAUAUCUAAAAAGUCGAAGAGUACUUCGUCACUGUCGCCGCCGGAACCCAAUUCCCCCAAAGUGAAGGCUGACACAGAAGCUCAAGCCCCUGGAUCACCCAUGUCGGACGAUAGCUCAGAUUCGCAUCAGCCUGAGCCAGCUCCAGCUGUGCCACAAAUCCAAGUCUUCGGUCCAAAUCCCGUGAAAUUCGACGAUCCGACUAUAUACCAUAUACGCGAUGUCACUCCCGACAUGACCGAUGACGAAAGGAAAGAAAUCUACAGCGUCACUCGUUUCCCGGCCAGUGAUUUAAGUCAUAUGAUGGCUGGUAUAGCUCCAGAUAAAGACUAUAGCAACGCCAAGCCUACAAACCAGGUCAGCGCGAAUACAUUCCUCGCCUAUGUUGAACCAUAUGUCCGCCCGUUGAUGGAGGAAGAUAUUGCUUUCCUCAAAGAGAAGGGCGAUCGAGCGACACCGUUCAUCAUGCCUCGACGUGGGAAGAGACACUACAAUGAGAUCUGGGCCGAGGAGGAUGGGCUGAUGAAUGUUGACCAGAACGGCAACAAGGAACGUCUGCCCUUGAACCAGGGACGUGGAAACAUCGAUCAGGUGACAGACGAAACUAUGGAAACGGACAAGGUCUCAGUUGGCCCAUUAGUUAGCCGGCUUUAUUCUCUACUACGAUACGAACACCGUGCUCCCGACGAAAACCCUGGCGCCAACGGCACAGUCAACGGGGAAUUACCGAACGGUUCUUCACUCGGUGACGCAAUGGACCUCGACAACCCCAUUGGGGGUGACUCAGAAAGCAAACCACAACCUUCCGCGACAUCGUUCCCUGAUGCAUCCCCAAGCGGCUUCAAAGUGCCUGCGGCGAAGCUGGACCACGCCCAACUCGAUGAGCGCCUCAAAGCAGAACUCCGUCACGUCGGCUUCCUGGGCGCCGAGGACAAUCCUGACUACGACGCCCAUUAUGACGACGACAUCGCUCAGCGACUACGUCUCCUGCAAAGCGAACUGAAGAAGCAGAUGAUCGUCAACAGUGCCCGAAAAGCAAGACUCUUAGAAAUUGCCCGUGAACGCAUGGCGUACCAGGAGUACAUGACCAUCCACGAUGAUCUCGACUCACAGGUACAACAGGCCUAUCUCAAGCGUACCCGGACAUUAGGGAAGAGCAAGAAGGGCUCCCAGGCUAAGCACAGGCCAGGCGGAGCUGGCGGCGGCAGCCACGUUGUUAGUGCCGCUGGUGUGGGCCGUCCCGCUAUCGGCGACGUCGCUCGUACUCUCAUGGACCGACGCAAGCGCUGGCGUGACUGUAUCGGACCGAUUUUCAAAGAUUGCAAGACUUCUGUGCCGAGGAAUAAUGAGUCUGUCUUUGACCCAUCGCUCAUGGCUGAGUACGAGAAGGCAGAAGUUGAGGGUUGGGAUGAGGAGCAGGAGUGAUAUUGUCUCUUCCCUUACCCCUCAUGCAACUAACCCUAUAAUGGGUUUAUUUUUAUUUUUAUUUUGAACUUUCCAUGUACAUUUCAGAUGCCCUUUCUAAUCUCGGGUACGUUUGCUUUGCAUGGUGAUCCAAACCGGGGAUUGGGUAUCAUUAAAGUCGUAGGUUUGAUUUGAGCGUCGAU